UUCAAGGUGUUUUGGCUGAUGAAUCAUCAAGUGAAGAGGAGGAUGCAGAUAUUGCAAAGACCCGUCAUCAGGUGGCAGGAAGCUGGGCGCCCAGCAGUGCGUCUGAAAAUACGUAAGCCAUGGACAGGAGAAGAGAAACAGGCGAUCUACCAGCACCUCGAGGGACACAUACGGAAAAAUCAACUGCCAGCCAGGCACAUGAAAGAUAUGCACGCUGAUGAGUCUGAGGUAAAACAUGCCAAGGCCAAGGAGCCCAAGUCAACUAACAGGCGACCUACUGUUGAAUUUGAGAGGCUCCGUUUGAAAGGGAAUUUCUACCAUAAUAUGGAGGUGCUGUCAACUGGUGUGGGUCAGAUCAUCGUUGCCAGAAAUCCUCCCUUCGGUCAAGAGGUCCAAUCUUCAGAUAACCUGCCAUGCCCAUUUUGCAUGUUCGGUCGGCAAUGGUCCAUCAUCAGAUAUCCAUGGUGACUCGACCUGGUACAGAUAAGGGGAAAGAGAGGUCGCGCAGUGCCUGUGCUUCUGACCAGUGGAAGUCUUGAUGGAAAACCGUGAAGCAGUUGGGGCGCAUAAUGCGAAUCCCUAUAUAUUUGCUCGCCCCCGAAACUCCUUGAAACAAGUGAGAGGAUGGGAUUGCCUAACUGCUGUUGCCAAGCAGGCUAAUCUGCAAGAGCCUCCUGCAGAAACGAGCACAAAGCUGAGAAAGUAUGUUGCAACGGUGUCUCAGAUUAUAGACCUAAACAGCAAUGCGCUCGACUGGCUAGCAAGGCACCUGUGCCACGACAUAACUGUCCACAGGGACUUCUACCGCCAACACGAGUCGACACUAGAGCUUGCGAAAGUCAGCAAGCUACUUCUUGCUGAAGACAAAGGCAAGAUAGCAAAACUGUCUGGCCGAAAACUUGAUGAUAUUGAUUUGGAAGGUAAGGAACCAUUAGGUGCAUUAAUUAGGAUUCUCGUACUGUGACCUGGGACUUUUCUGGGAAUAUGGAUGGACCUGAGAUAUUUGCAUAUUAUUGCAAAUAUGUUAAUUUCCUUUUAAAUUGUGGUUUCAUUUUGAAAUAUGACAAAAGUGUUCAAAAGCCCAAAUUGACACUAAAGUUUGUAGUCUAGAGUGACGAUAAGAU